UCUUGAUCUCGAUGUCUAGAUCUAAAUUUGUCUAAGUAUUCUAAAUUCUUAAAUAUUAUACUGUGAACGAGGCGUACAUGAGUAAAGUUAUGGAUGCCCCUUGCUCUGGGCAUGUGCUGCUGGUUGGGGACGGGGAUUUCUCUUUUUCAGUCUCACUGCUAAACAAUGGUACUUUCAGUGCAUCUCACAUGACUACAUCCAACAUUGAUACUUUAGAAUCAAUUGAGCAGCAUAAAUUGGCAGCAGAUAACAUGACAACAUUGAAACAGCUAGGUGCUUCUGUCUUGCUUGAAGUUGAUGCUUGUGAACUACAUGUCCAUCCUACAAUUAGCUCAAAAAAAUAUGAAAGAAUUAUUUUUAACUUUCCAUUAGCUGACAGACAUAACAUUAAAAAAAACAGAUCACUGCUUGCUGACUUCUUUUCCAGCUCAUCUCAAAUACUCACUGAAGAGGGUCAGGUGAUUGUGACAUUGUGCAAAGGUCAAGGUGGGACCCCGGCUGACAACCCCAUGAGAUCAUGGCAUGACAGUUGGCAGGUGCAAGCCAUGGCCUCUAACUCUGGCUUUAUCCUCACACAGAUUUUACCUUUUGAUGCAUUACAGUACCCAGGUUACCACAGUGUGGGCUUCAGGUUUCAAGACAAAAGUUUUAACACUGAUGGUGCCUUGACUCACAUAUUUGAGAGAGCCGAGAGUGUUAGUGUACCAGAUGAUACAAGAGCCAGAGGAACCUUCACCACGGAUGGCAUCUCAUAUUCCUGUUCUAGCUAUGUAGCUCAGUCUUUAAGCAGAAACUUAUUGGAGGGCAAGGGACCAUUGCAUCUGUUGAAAAUAAGUAUAGAAGACAUUCUAAAAGACAGCAUGAACAUUUCUGUCAUUCAAGAUCAGGGGGCAUGGCAAGUUGUUAGUGGGAUGAGGUCUGCUGUUUAUUCUAAAAGGAACCAGAACUCUUCUUGUUUAGGAGGUGAAGAAAUCAGUGAUAACAUUGAGUAUAACAGCUGCACAGCAGAGUUGGAGAAAGUGAAAGAAAGGAAAAAUGAGCUCAAUUUGAAUACAGUUAGGAAAGAUCAGAAACAAACAUUGAAAAAUAAUUUUGAGCAUGGAGUGGUAGAGGGUGUUUCUAAUGCUGCUGAUUCAUCUGUUAGUCAAAUUCAUGCUGGUUCAAGUUUAGUGCUAGAAGACUCAGAACUUGUUUACAUUCUUAUUAAAAACUUAAGCCCAGCAUGUAGAGAUCCUGAUGGAGAAACUGACCAUCCUACAAGUUGUAAUGGGGAAGAUGUGACCCAAAAUUUGCAUAAUGAAGAAUUAGAAAUAGAUUGUUCUGACAGAAUAUUUCAUUUUAGAACAUCCAUGCUUGAAACUCUGGGCAUGAUUUUAUCUUCUCAAAGUGGACAUUGUACCAUCAGUCAAAAUAAGAAAAUCAGAGUUGUCUCCCCUAUGCCAGCUUUUGUUGUGUCUGGGCAGUGCAUGUCCGUUUGUCCUAUUACAGCUGAUUGUCUGCCCCUACAACACGAGAUGAUGAUAGUGAUAAAAGUAGAUGAGGACGUCAACAAUUCUUCCAUCUCGGCCCACUGCACACAGUCCAACUUUGACACUGUAUCUAAUGAAUUAAUCUCCUGCUUGACAAAAUUUGAAUUAUUGACGGCUUUAACUUUCCAUGCUAAUUCUGAAAACAUUGAAGUUGUUGGAUUUGAUAAAUGUGAACUGAAAAUGUUCGGAACAGUUACUGAUGUAAACAACAGUCCCAAAACUGGAGUAGUUUUGCUUAAUGUAUACAUGAACACUGAACAGUAUUUAGUGUGUUUGCUUAAACUGGACAUCAUUGCUUGUUCUGUUUGCCAGAUAAAUGAUCCUAGACUCCUACAUUCACAGAGCAGUAAAUUUUUAAAACAAUUUGAGAGUGGUCUCCCUCACAAGUGGCAGCCAUUUUGUUUGUUUCCCAUGAAGUUCUCACAUGAUCUCAGCUUCUGGGAAAAUGGGGAGUUCCCUGAUAAUGAUUUUUACGACAUAGUUCGCUAUGUGUCUGGCAAUCUGGUUGUCAGUGUGUCUCUAGUGGAUGUCUACACUGACCCUGUCAGCGGCCGCAGAAGUAGGUGUUACAGGCUUCAUUUCUUGUCACAUGACCAGGCAUUUUCUUAUUUGAUUUCAUGGAAGUUACAAAGUAUUAUCAGAAUGGAAGUUGCUAACAAACUGGGUGUGAGUUUAAGAUAGGUUUUAGAAUGACCACACUUGAGCAUUGAUGUAUUGUUUUUUAAUAAAACUGUUCUC